AUGGAGUCUCUACCUGAACCAAACCCCGUACAUAAGCCCACUCUCUCCGACUAUCUUCAAAUUGCCGUGACGGUCUGCUUCCGAGUGCCAUGGACCGUCUUCACCACGCUCCUGCGGCGCUGGUCGCCCUGGUCUUCCUACCACCCGCCUCCUCUUAGAGAGCAUAUCUCCCGACAUGUCAUGACCUGUCUGGGAAACAACACCCCCGGGUGUCUCUGGGACAAUGUCGCCGAUCGCACCGGCCAGAACCUACACAACUCAAACCGCUACGGGCAUCUUCGACGCCAAAUCUACCAGAGCGUGCGAAGGCCGGAAUUCAGUGGCUUCUGGAUCUGCCGCGGGCUCUCCGCCGAGGCGAUCCACCCCCGCGAUGCCGACCUGGUGCUCUUCCACUGCCACGGUGGCGGAUACGUGAGCUUCCACCCAUCCGCCGGCGCCCCCGAGCAUCUCUUCCUGGCCGAGCUGCUCCAGCGCAACGGGGUCACCACCGCCAUCUUCUCGCUCGACUACACCCUCGCCCCGCGCGCCACCUUCCCGACGCAGCGCGACGAAGCCAUCGCCGCCUACGACUGGAUCAACAAGGAGCUGGGCGUCGCCGCAUCCAAGAUCGUAGUCGCCGGCGACUCCGCUGGCGGCCAUCUAAUCACGUCUCUUCUGCUGGGCCUCCACGAGCGACGAACCGCCCACCCCGCCGAAGCCCAGUACCACGACAAACCCGCCGGCGCGAUCCUCAUCAGCCCCUGGCUGAAUCUGCACACGUCGCACCCGCGCGCGCUGGCGCUGCACUGGGAAGAUCGGCUGUCCAAGGCCGGACUGGACUCGUGCCACGCGCAGGUGAUGCGCGGCGCGCCGGCACCCGUCGCGGCCCUGUACAGCAAUUUCGCGGUGGAUGUGGCCACGCGCGGCUCGUGGGCGGAGAUCCUCCCGCGCCGCACGUGGGUGUCAGCGGGGGCGGACGAGCUGGUUUUCCUAUAUGAUGUUGAGGAUUUUGUGGCGUGUGCGCGGCGCGAUGGCGCUGAGGUCGCGCUGGACGUGACGCCGGGGAAGAACCAUACGUGGCAGUGCGCGGAGGGGCUUGCGCAGCAUGCGAAGCUGCUGGGGAUGCGGCCCGGGGAGGAUGACGAGGGCUUGAUGGAGGGGUAUCGACGGAUUGCGGGGGAGGUGCUGAGGCUUGUCGAUCAAUGA